CGUGAUCAGUCGACCACAUGUGAAAUCGGGAGACAAAGACCGCCAAAAGGCUGCUAAACAUUGUUUUUUCGCCGAAUUUAAUUGAUUUUGGAGCUGUUCUAGCCGGGCUUGCACACACACGAUGUCGAGCGUCGUGAAACUAGAGCCGGCAAACGCCGAGGACUUUGAGUCUCCGAUUUCGAACAAUGACAACGCCAAGAACUUGAUCUUGUCCUCUCCUGUGCCUGAGAUCUGCAAGAAUGAGCCCUGCACGUUGGGCAUCGACGAAGCCGGACGAGGGCCCGUCCUGGGACCCAUGGUCUACGGUAUUUGCUACUGUCCCCUCGCCUACGAAAGCGAGCUGAAGGCCCUCGGAGCCGUGGACUCAAAAAGCAUUGACGAGAAGAAAAGGGAGGAGAUGUUUGAGAAACUCUGCAAACACCCUGACCAGAUUGGGUGGUCUGUCGAAGUGAUUUCGCCCACCACCAUUUCAAAUGACAUGCUUAGGAGAUCUAAAAUUUCUCUGAAUGAAUUGUCCCACAAUGCGGCCAUUCAGCUGGUGCAAAGAGCCAUCGAGGAUGGGGCCAACAUCAAAGAGGUCUAUGUGGACACUGUUGGGCCUCCAGAAAAAUACCAGGACAAACUGAGCAAAAUUUUCCCUGACAUCAAAGUCACGGUGGCCAAAAAGGCCGACGCCACUUAUCCAAUUGUCAGCGCUGCUAGUAUCUGUGCUAAGGUCUGCCGAGACAAGGCUGUCCACCACUGGAAGUUCAAAGAGAACGUUCAGAUGAAUGGUGAUGCUUGGGGCAGUGGAUACCCCGCAGACCCUGUGACGAAAAAGUUUCUUCAGGAGAAUAUAGACUCAAUUUUUGGAUUCCCUCAGCUUGUCCGAUUCAGCUGGUCGACGGCUGAUAAAAUCAUCGAGGAGAAGUGCGUCACUGUCGAAUGGAGUGAUGAUGAGGAUGAAGGCGCACCGAAAAAAGUGGCAAAAAUUCAAUCAUUCUUUUCUUCAUCAAACGCUGCCAAACAACCGCAACUUGGCCACAAAUUUUUCACUGAAAGAAAACUGAAGAGAGCAACAGAUUUGUUUUAAAAAAGAUCAAAUGUGCGCGAGUGACGAGUGCUUUUCCGAUGAAAACCACCAGAGAUUCCAAAAGUAUAAAAUUUGAAGCAACUUCUUGUGAAAAGUGCGUGCUUAGAAUAGAGGAAAUUAAAAGUAAGCAAUAAAUUUAGGAGAACAUAAAUUAUGAAUGAAAUAAUUGAUAAACAAAGUUCGUAGAAAUACGCAAAAUUUAAUUUAUAAAUAACAAUAAAGUGCUUAGAUUAAGAUUGAUUAAGAUGAAAAAAAUAAUUAUAAAUUUGCUUAAUAAGAAAGUAUAUUAUUAUAAUUUAAUAAAUUUGUUAAAAACAAACUUCAAAUAUUCACUAAAAAAUUUGAAAAGAUUUUAAUAAAAAAAUUAAUUUCAAGAAGAUAAUGUAUCAAAAUACUCUUUAAAUUUUAGCAUUUUUUUUAUUAUACAUAAAAAAACAGCGAUUCAGAUCCAUCUUCGCACCAUCCAUAAAUCUCACUUGCAAACUUCCUCCGACAAAGUUACACCGACGCGUUGAGAGAUCAAAAAGUUGUUGUUUGCAACCGGCCGCACCUCGUUGUCAUGCGGGCUGCAUACUCGCGUGAUUUAAGGCGUUCGACGGAUGAAAAAUUGCUAUCGAUGUAACGUGCCAAUAUUAUAAAAAUGAUCUUACAAAGGUGAUAAUUUCCUACAAUAUUUGACCUGUAAAUACCGACUCAUGAUUUAGAACAAGCUACACUGAGAAAAAGUUUUACCAAAUUGAGUGAAAUUAAUGCAAAUUUUGACGUUAAGAUUUUCAUUUUGCAGUUUGAUUUCAAUGAUAUGAUACAUUUAUAAAUUUUAAGAGGAAAAAUUAGCAAACAUAAUCCGAUGAAAUUUAAUUCAUUUAGUUUCUCUUAUUAUAUAAUUUGUUAUUAAAUAAUUUAUUUGAAUAUUAUUUAUUUUUCUGGAAGUGAAAUAUGAAUAUUAUUUAAAAAAUUUAUCCCUAAAAAGAGGAAUGAUUGUCUCGAAAAUUGCUACAAAAUUGACCUCGAUGGUCCUUCGAGCAAAUAAAUGAAAGAAUACCGGGAAUAAUUUUCCAUUUUUCUGCUUGAAAUGUAUUUAAAGGAAGUAUGCAUUGUCUGUUUUGGGAGUUGUGUUUUGCGAAGCGGAAGGCAUGUAUUGAAGGCGACGUUAAAAGCCUGUUGGGAUUACAUUUGAUGGCUGAUUCGAUAUGUUAGCGCCGAACUCAUCUUUCACGCCAUCUCGCAGGCUUUCACGUCACACGCGGCGGAAAGUGAUUUUUGGCGCCGAGUGUCAUCUCGAAUGAGUGAUGAAAGCGCGAAACAUCGCCUUUGUGCACACGCUGAUGGAAUUCGCUGCUUUUAAUCAGCGCCGGUUUGAUUCGAUUUUCCUCGACAAGACGAACGCGAUUCCUUGCACCGACUGCCUUCUGAUUGCCUCUGGAUUCGUUUGAAGAAAUAAAAAACUUAAUAAGGAAAACUUUUUGAUCAAAAGCAAGAUG